CCUCUUCGUCCAUCCCUCGCCCCUCCACUAUGAGAGAAGUCAUCAGCUUGAACGUCGGCCAAGCCGGUUGCCAGAUUGCCAACUCCUGCUGGGAGCUCUACUGCCUCGAGCACGGCAUCCAGCCCGACGGCUUCCUCACCGAGGAGCGCAAGGCCGAAGAUGACGACCAUGGCUUCAGCACUUUCUUCUCCGAGACCGGCCAGGGCAAGUACGUGCCCCGUACCAUCUACGCCGACUUGGAGCCCAAUGUCGUCGACGAGGUCCGCACCGGUACCUACCGCAGCCUCUUCCACCCGGAGCAGAUGAUCACCGGCAAGGAGGAUGCUUCCAACAACUACGCCCGUGGUCACUACACGGUUGGCAAGGAGCUCAUUGACCAGGUCCUUGACAAGGUCCGCCGCGUUGCCGACAACUGCUCUGGCCUGCAGGGCUUCCUUGUUUUCCACUCUUUCGGUGGUGGUACUGGUUCCGGUUUCGGUGCUCUGCUCAUGGAGCGCUUGUCCGUUGACUACGGCAAGAAGUGCAAGCUCGAGUUCUGCGUUUACCCUGCUCCUCAGGUUGCCACCGCUGUUGUUGAGCCCUACAACUCCAUCCUGACCACUCACACCACCCUUGAGCAUUCCGACUGCAGCUUCAUGGUCGACAACGAGGCCAUCUACGAUAUCUGCCGUCGCAACCUUGGAAUCGAGAGGCCCAACUAUGAGAACUUGAACCGCCUGAUCGCUCAAGUUGUCUCUUCCAUCACCGCUUCCCUUCGCUUUGACGGUUCCCUGAACGUCGAUCUCAACGAGUUCCAGACCAACUUGGUUCCUUACCCCCGUAUCCACUUCCCUCUCGUCGCCUACGCGCCUGUCGUCAGCGCCGCCAAGGCCGCCCAUGAGACCAACUCCGUCCAGGAGAUCAGCAUGUCCUGCUUUGAGCCCAACAACCAGAUGGUCAAGUGCGACCCUCGCAACGGCAAGUACAUGGCUACUUGCUUGUUGUACCGUGGCGAUGUUGUCCCCAAGGAUACCCACAGCGCCGUUGCUACGCUCAAGACGAAGCGCACCAUCCAGUUCGUCGACUGGUGCCCGACUGGUUUCAAGAUCGGUAUCUGCUACCAGCCGCCCCAGACGGUCCCCAACGGCGACCUUGCCAAGGUCAACAGGGCUGUCUGCAUGCUUUCCAACACCACCGCCAUCUCCGAGGCUUGGUCAGCACUGUCGCACAAGUUCGACCUUAUGUACUCCAAGCGCGCUUUCGUGCACUGGUAUGUCGGCGAGGGUAUGGAGGAAGGCGAGUUCAGCGAGGCCCGCGAGGAUCUUGCUGCCCUGGAGAGGGACUACGAGGAGGUUGCCGCGGAUUCGCUCGAGGGCGAGGAGGAGGCCGAUGCCGAGUACUAAGCCGCAGAGAUUGGAGUUGCAGCACGGUUGCUUUGGCGGGCAUAGAUUAUUCUAAACGCCCUGUAGUUGGGAGCCUUUUCAUGGUUGUACUUGCUUUUAAUUCAUCACCGGGAAUCCUGAAUCUUGCUUCAUCGUAUUGGAAUAAUUACCGCGCCCACUCUAACGCACCUUAUGCAAACACCAACUAAUCAACAGAUGUCCAUAGAUGCUGGCUGGAUUUGAUGUACAGCUUGCUAGCAUAAGCAGGU